UUGGACUUUCUUUUGUUGCUAAUCAUUGUGGAAUUAAGGCGCCGGAAGCAGCAGAGAGAGAAGGGCGAGAGAGAGAGAGAGACGGUCUGCUCUGCAAUCCCCUCCCCCGCCCCACCCCGCUCACGCAUAUUGAUACAUAUAUAGGUGGAGAUGUAUUCGAUUCUGUAUUCUCCCCCUUAUUCUGCACUGUGCAAAGCCAGGGCUCUUGUUUUGAAACAGUCAUCUUCAUCAGCGUUGUUAUCCCCCUCGCUUUCGUCGUUCUCAAAGCCAAAGCCAAAGCGUCGUCUUGCUAGGGUCAAUGCACUUUUCUGUAAUCCAAUUGACGGGCCACCCCUUCUCAAAGAAGCUAUUAAGGAGCCGAUCGCCUUUAUGGGGGGAAUUUUCGCGGGGAUUCUGAGGCUUGAUCUGAAAGAAGAUCCACUUAAAGAAUGGGUUGCUCGGACUGUGGAAGCCUCCGGGAUUGCGGAGGAAGAAAUUGAUGGUGAAGGUACCGAACCAGAGGAAGAUAGCCCGCAGCAGAUAGAGAUAGAAUGAUAUAAAUUUAUUUUCUAGAGCAUGCAUGAAUGCAUGCAAUAUUUUCAAGUACGCUACUGCUGCCAACAAACAAUUUAUUUUCAUGACUUACCAUACUACUUACUGCGUGUUAAAAAUGUGAAAAUCUUUCUUCUGCAGUUACUAUUGUGGGGUGUGUGUGUGUGUGAAGAGGGUGCAAUUAGUAGAAGUUUGUGGAGAUUCGCAAGCCUUAAUUCUUACUCUCAUUUAAUGAAGAUAAUUCAUGAUAUGA